AUGUGCGCCAACAACAUACACAAGUAACAACAAUGAUAUAUAGUUAAGCCCGCUUGGGCUGCAGCAGCCGUAACUCGAAACUCAUGCUGCUGCUGCCGCAGGUGCAGUGCAAUGCAAUCUCGAACGUGUACUGCGCAGUGUGGCCUUUUCCGCGCUCGUAUAAUCAGCUGUGUUGUUUUCGCUGCUGCUCCGACUCGACUGAACUGUCAAAAUGUGUUAUAGCCCGUUCAGCGUUGUUGUACAUAGAAGAUGACAAGAUGCUCGCUGCACGAUCAUGCCGUGAAUAACUCCGUGGCGUGAAAGCAAAAAAGAAAAACAAUUGCACGACGAGUGCUGGUGUGGAUUAACUUCGAAUGUUUAUGUGCAAGUUCGCAGUGUGAUUGUUGACGCGUGACGUGAAUAAAAGUAAAGUUUCACAAUGGAGAAGCAGCGUCCUCGGCAGAAAAAAAAAGAACACAGUUUGUCAUUAGCCAUUGACUGUAAUAUACCAGAUGCACCAACACUGGAAGAGUUUGAAUGUCUGUUGGGUGAGUCACCAAGUAAUUAUCCAAAGGGUGAAGGAAUAGAAAAUAUGGAAAGUGAAUUGCAUUCGGCAGCUAUCGACACUAGCAUAUAUGAGAAAGAAGAUACUCGAAUUCUGAUUGAAGAUGCAGAAGAAGAAGUGAACUUGAAUACAUUGAUGGACAAAGCAGAAAUUAUAUCAGUUGAUGAAGUUGACACAGUUACACCAAUUCAAACUACACAAGAUGUUUUACCAGUUGUCCCUUCAGCACCAGAGAUUGAAGAUUUGGAAAGAUCAGUUGAAGAAACAAUUGCUAGUGUUUCUGCAAUGGAUUUGGAAUCAGCGCCUACUGCUCCAAUCAUGGAUAAUAUAUCACACAAUUUAACAGUUUCUUAUUUAGUUCCUCAAAACUAUCAAAAACCAGUAGAUAUGAGCAAGUCAGAUUAUUCUCCUAGGAAAACAAUGUCCACUAGUACUAUUCAAAAAACUGUAAAACCAUUUACAGAAGGACAAUUGACAGCGCUCUACAGUAAUCAAGAAUUAAGCGUUGUUGAAUCAUUUGUUAAUGAAUUUGUUGAAUUUCAACUUUGUAGUCAUGCUGUCAGACAACAACAUAAAUUGCAUGAGCUUCUUAUGAGUUAUUUACGUGUAAGAAACAAUUUAAUUGUCAAUGCUCAUGAAAUGGAGAACUUGAAAAUUGCCUGUAAAGAAACACAAAAGCAACUUUGGUGCCUUGAUAAAGCUACAGUUACUGAGAGUGGUGAGUGUCAAGAUGGUAAUCCUGUAAGUGCAACACACGAGUAUUCGGUGGCCCAUUUUAAUCAACAAACCCUAGUGGCUUUGACUCGUAAUCUUUCUGCAAUUAAAGAAUCUCUACAUAAUGUUCAGGCUCUUCAUGGCCAUGAAGCUGAAAUUUUAAGACUUCAAAUUGAUCAUUACAUACAACGAGUUUGUAUAUCAUGCAAAGAAUUUGCGAAUCUCACGGCUAAUGCUCCAGUAUGUCUCACAGACUAUCAGCAUAGCUCGCAUACAAUGCCGCAACUAGUCGAAUUAAGAAUGUGCAUCACUAUUUUAUUCAAUUUCCAACGAAAAAUUUUGAAGGAUAAUAAAUUUGUGAUAGAUACAAGAGACUGGCUAUCAAAACUUAUAGCAGUACUAUUAAGAGUCGCAACUUGGCAGGACCAUUUGUUUAUUCUCAGUCAUAUUCUGCGGUGUCCCGGUGGCGUAGCAAGCUGGGCUCGAAGUUUCGUCCAAGUACCAGUAGCUCAACGCAAGUGCAGCAUCAGUGCAUCGCCUCUAAGCGAUCCAUACCUCGACCACAUUGUGGCGACCCUAGCUGUAAUCUUAAUGCCCGUGAAAGAACGUGAACAAUUUCUCGAACAGGUUCAAUUAUCUCUGCAAGAUACUGGCACAGGUGAGUCUGACACCAUUUGGGUGAUGCUCGACGAGGAGGGCGAAGAAGAUGAAGAUAUAGCCAAUACCGGAGCGAAUUUGUCCGAAAUGGAUCUAAUUUCCAUUCUGCAUCAAAUACCUCUUAGCAAAUUGUUCGAGCUUGCGUUGCAUAUCGAUCCCAGUGCUUCAAGCGAACAGAAUAGGAACACCAUAACCGAGCACCACAUGUUGCGUCUAUUCUCCUUUUCCACGGUGAUUAUUAGACUUCUUAAAAGAGGUUUAAAGACCUACGAUUCACCAAGAUACAGACAGCUGGCCAAGCGAUUGAGUGCCUUGAUCAGAGACGUCGUGCAGUACGUGAGCGACUUGUGGGAAUCAUUCGAAAAACAAAAAGUCACCGAUCCGACGAUGCUUAGUAGACUGUACAUUGAAUACGACUGCUUCUUUCUACGUGCAGUGCUUUGCAUAUUUUCAUCGCGUCGGCUUGGUGCAUGGCAAUAUUUAGCCGCGAUUCCCUAUCGCAUAGUAUCGCUCACUACACUUUGGCAGAUAUUUUAUAUUUUGCACACGGAUUCGGUUCCGAAUGAUUUGCUCGAUCCUGAUGCCGUAGCCGGAUGGGAAAUGGAUUUAAACUCUGCCAGUACGAGAAAGAUUUUUGAAGAAAAACUUAGCCAUCUACCGGGAGACGAAUCUUAUUUUUUGCUUACCACCUUCGCCAAUAUGGCUAUGGCUAGGACGUACCAGGACUACGAAUUCGUUCGGGCCGCCACCAUCGAUCUCUUUCAAAUUGGCUUUCUCAGCGCGAUGACGCAGGACUCCUGCUCGAAGGACGCUAGAUCUUUACUCUCGAAUUUAACCAUCAAGUAUCCGUCCUUACUUUCUGAUAUACUAGUCAAACUCAAAGACAAUUUCGAGUCUGUUGGAAAGUUGAGCCUUUAUCUGUUUACGGAACUUAGCAUUAAUCAGUGGGUGCCAAAAGAUGACGAUUUACGAAUACUGUCUAAUUGGCUUCAUCAUUUUCCUUUGAACUCAACCGAAAGUCAUUUGGCUCGAUUGAUCAUUUCGCAUCUCAACUGGGGCUUCGAUGCUUACGAUAAUUUGUAUUUGCCAUUAGAGUUUCAUCGUCAAAUGGCCCUACUCAUCGUCGAGCUUACAAUAAAAUAUGUUCCUGAAAACACUCCAGCUCAAACUGCCUCGAUUUUAAGUGAAAGCGUCAAACAGGUAUCAUCGAUGGUUCGCCCACAGAGUAACGAGCAAGCCUUCUCGCACUGGGCCUGGGACACGCUCGCUCGCUUGCGAUUGCACCAACUCGAACAGUCCGAUUCCGUCUGCCAGUACUCGAUUUCGUACCCAAGUCAGGCCUUUUCGAGUGUACCGGAUCUCGAGGCCGAUGCAAAACUCGAGAUACUUGUCAACGGUAUCAGGGACAAGCAGCCGGUUGCUUGUUACGUAGCCAUCAGAAUGACUUUGAUGGGCCACUCGGUGCCGUUGAUUUGCAACAAAGGCUUUGAAUUACUUCAAACGUUGCAGACCCACUACAAGUACAAACAACUUAUAAUAACUUUAAAUAGUUUGGUACCAUUAUUUCUCGACUGUCCGGAGUCUUUGAUAAAACAUGAAAAAUUCAUAUCGGUGAUCGUGAGCUUGAUCCAAGCGGAUAAAACUUAUAUGAAAAUGGCCAAGAAUUUCAUUUCGCCAGACUUUCCUGGACCAAUAUUAAAAAGUUUCGCCAGCAUGAUUGAAUUUCAAUUGCAAUGUCACAAAAGAUUUUGCCUGUCAGAUCCUGAUGUUUUGGUAAAAUUAUGGCUCAACACCUUCGUACUAUUACCAGAUUGGAAUCGCGAUCAGGGUAUAAUGUACAUUAUGGACAUACUCGUGAGAGCUUCUUUCUUUCAUUUAGGAGCUAGAGCAGCGACCGAGAACAUUUUUCAAGAUUUAUUUUCGCUAGCAAUAAGUGGAAGUAACGAGAAUAUCUCAACAACGCGUUCAGGAGGCUCUGGUUUUGGUUCUCUCUUUUCUUGGGCAACAGGAGGUGCGCAGUCACCAAGUCUACUAAGCAAUUGUUCAUCGCAAUCCGUUUGGUUGGCCUAUCAAAUUUUACGCAUUGAACAAUUUGAGCGUGAAAUAAAAACAGGAUUGUGGAGAGAAUUACUUCGUGAACUUGGAUUACAAACAAAAAGUUCGCUCGACUCAGUGUUGAAAAAAACCUGCGCUGCCUUGAAAAUUCCGUCGUUCAAUUCAAAUAGCUUGGCAAUUUAUCGAUGGUCACAGCAGGCUUUGGAUACACCGAUGGACCAUCCUUUAUUGCCUUUACUUUGGCAAAAUCUUUUUACCCUUUACUUGGCUCGAGUACCUAGUUCUACAGGAGCUGUAGAUAAAGGUGGAGUCGGCAAUAAGUUUUUCGAAGGCAUGAUGAAUGUGAGCUAUAUGAAAAAAAUUAAAAGUCGUCUUCUUGAAACCACGGAGUAUUUUCAAGCCAAAGGUGAAAGUGAUUUAGAUGACGAUAAACCGAUAACCGAUGAAAGGCGCAUUUUUUACCUGGAUACUGCCAAGUUUUAUAAGACUCUGAGCUUAUGGUUAGAUGAACCUCGACUGCAAGAAGCGGGUCUUUAUUUACCGGCACUACCUCCUCAAUAUAUGUCACAAAAAUUAGUACUGAUUUUACAAAACAAUCAGGACCAAUGGCUUGAGUACGUCGACUACGAAUCGGUUAAGCAGAGUCAGUUUCAAUUGGUUCAAGACUGGUGUAAUUACAGCCAUCAAACUUUACCCAAUACUCCAAACACGCAACAGGCACCAUCUCAAACACCCACGACCCCAUUGGAAUCCGCUGACCCCAUUGAGCGAAUUUCGCACCGUUUGAACAACUACGAGCUACCAGUCGCAGCACCGCCGUUGUCGAAAAGCAUCGAGGUCGUGCCGCACGUGCCCAGAAAGACUAUUUACGAACCCGACGCCUUAGUCGGUCUCGUGAAGCCACAUUUGAAACUGAUAAUGGAGUACGCGCAGACUUUCAAUCUUUUGAUUUCCGAGCACACGGCGAUCGACUGCAGCUUCCUCGAGCUCGUGCCGACACUGUACAAGGACACGGAGAGCCAAGUCACUUUGCACGCUCUCUGCGACCCUGCACCCAGUGGCCAGAGGCGAUCGCGAUCAGGCACGCCGCCGAUCGUUCAUUGUGCAGGCGCCGCCGUCAUUCGAAUAAAAGUUUUAGAAGCUAGAGUCAGCGAUGGCGUUGACCAGAUGAUCAGUCAAAAUCGAGCGGAGUACGAAAAUCUUCUGGUAAAAGCGAGUCAACCUCCACCGCAUAAAGUCACUCAAGGAUGUGUCUUCAUCGAUCACCUUAUAGCAUUACUAGAACACGAAUUGCAAGCAAAUAAGACAACGGAGAACACAUCGAUUUUGCGCAACAUACAGCAGUCCGGUGUUAAGCUCUUUUAUCAUCUCGUUCAAUUUUAUACCGAAGAAGCAUCUUUGUGUCCAGCAACAAAACAAUUAAUUACAACUUGUGUCGAAAAAUUAGGACAGCUUUUUGUGAGCGGAGAAGAAAGCCAAGGUCCAAGACUGCUGCUUACGAUAAUCGAUCGGCCUUAUCUCGGUGGUUUACUUGGCCCUCAUUUUACACCUGUAGCGGGCGGUGCAUCAACGUUUUUGCAGAUGUACCAAACACUUGUUGAGCUUUCUAGUGGAUCCAACAUUGAUUUAUGUUUCGUACUACUCACCAAGUUCGACGUUGGAAGUUGGUUGAAUUAUCGUCGACCACGCUUGAGCGAACGAUCGACGUUCAUCGAUUUAAUCAUGAGGGCUCUGUGCAAUGCUGGCCUAAAUCCCGAAGACGAUCGCCUUGUUUUGCACGAAUUGUUUCGCAAUCAUUUACGGCUAGUUCUUCUGCACGAUUUUCCAGAACAUUACGGUGAGGUUCUAACAACGGUACUACGAGGUAGUGAGAGUCAAAGCCUUUCCAUUGACGUUUGGAGGGAUUUAUUGGGAGCGCUUAGUGGUCGAGCGAAAAAUUCACCGAUGCCCUUGCAAGGCCCAAAAGUCAGAGAGGAAAUUCGUCGAUACGCUACGGAGCAGAGAUUACUUUCAAGACAGGAGAUACACGAUACGGCCAUGUUGCUGGGAAAACAUUUUAUGACCGAACGACUGCAGUACGGUUUGUACGGUCUGUAUCCCAAGUACAGAAUUUAUAACGAGCCUAUUACAACCUUUCUCGGUAUGAUUGGUCACGCGCUCGUUGUGCUCACCCUUCAGUCUGAUCGCGGUACUUUAGCUGAUCAACUAUGUGAAAAAAUUUGGCCAGUACUGAGCGACAUGUUUGCUCCUUGGAUAACACCGUAUUGGACAAGAAACUUGCGAGAACCUACUGCAGCAUGGAUACAGCAACUGACGGAUGAUCGAUCGGUUCUGCUUCCCUGGAUCAUAACCGAUGGUCCAUUCGCCAAUCGCACCAUGUCAAUGUUCGUCGAAUGCAUACGUUUCAUCACGGACACCAUGCCAGCAUCGAAUCGCGUACUCUGCUACGUCUGGCAGUUUUACGUACAAAAUUACGCCCAUCCAUCGAUCAAGGAUCACAUACUCAAUGUCGUGCACGGCAAUAUGCUCAGCCUUCCUUGGGACAAGUUUAAUCCAACAGUGGUCGAUGUCGAAUUAAUGCUAAAAGUUAUCGAUCAAUAUCUGCCAGACUCGCAUCUCUUUCUGGGCAGUAUAUUCUUCGGUGUCAACUGGCAACAAUGGAUGACGGAACUGUUGGGGAGUCAACAAUCUCCCGCCUUGCUGACUAGAGUUCACGUCUGCCUGUUAAAUCUCUUUGUAAAAUUGUCCAACGAACCAAACGUACGACAAAACGAUCGAGCCCUGAAAGCUGUACAAGAUGCCGAACGAUACUCGUGGCAUCUGGUCGAUGCAGCAGCUUACGACCAAGUUAUCAAUUGGCAUGUGAUGAGUUGCGACCCAAGAGUAGUACUUACUACAGCCAAUUCUGAUGUUCAUCCCAUCGAUAUAGCUGUCCAUAAUUUACUGAAAGUUGUGGCUGCUUAUGAUACGACGGUUGUAUAUUUUCAUCCGACAACUCUGAAAAAGCGGCAAAUGUACGUGAGAUCGUCAGUGAAACUUCUAGUCAAUUGCACAACGAGACACAAGAAUCUCGUAACAAGCAAUAUCCAGGCAUUUACAUUGGCUCUGUCACGUAUGUUGGACGAAAUGGAGGCGGUCGUGGGCACUGUAUCAGAAUCUCAGCAAAUAGCUGAAGCAGGUUUGCUGGUAACCGAAUUAUUACAUUCGGUAAAUCAGUCCGGGGUAUUGGCUGAACAAUUGCGUUCGAGUUGGGCCGAGUGGCUGUUGCGACGCUCGGGAUCUAGUCCUGUACUGUUAGGAAUUCUGCGUGUAGUCGGUCUUGCCGUUGCUGCUCCUGCAACACUUGGAGAAAUUAUGGAAGCUGCACUUGAAGCUUAUUUCAAACAAAACGUUGUGGAAGAGACGAGACCAACCUGGGCUGCGGUAUUAAGAGUUUUACAGCCAAUCGUACCACGCCAGCCGCCCGUCGAGUCAGUGUUAGUGAGCGAAGGUCGCGUUCUAGCUCUUCAUGCGAUAUUCUUGAAACGAUUGCCCUCCUGUACCGAUAUCAAGGAAGAAGGCAUGCUGCUGACGAAUCUUAUCGAGUGGAUCAGCGCUAUUAAACCAACCGAGGCGAACGAAGAAAAAAUGCCGUUAUUGUGGGCCAAAGCACUGGAAUUGAUUUAUAGACAGUGCCAAUACAACGAGAGCACGGUCGUGGCAGCUCGAGCACUGCGAGCUUUGGCUCGUACACUGAUGGCCGUCGCAGACGAUGCCGGACAGGGUUGGAAUAUACUUGGAGCAAUCGGCUUACGUAAAGGCUCUCAGCUAUCUCACAAAUGCAAAUUUCUCAGCCGAGCACUUGCUGUGUACUGCUUGGCACAACUACCAGAAUCCAAACCGCUGACGAAUCCGACGAGCCUCGACCAGGGCCAAUCGACUUCGAGCACGCAGCUCGUGCGUUUCACGCCACAUUCCCCCGGGGUAGCGCCGCCGCGCUCGGACAUCGAGUCGCAGGCCUCGGCCGAGGUACGUCCGAGUCCAGAGGCUGUGAAAGCCAUGCAGAGUCUAGAGAGUCUGCUCGGCAGCAAACAGUACACCGAGCUAAAGAACGAGAUCGAGCAAGCCAUAAGAAUCAUACGUGACUCGGCCAACUCGCUGCACAACAGCAACGAGGUGUGCGGCGCGCUGACGGCUGAACUCUACUCUCAACGGUACCUGCACCCUAUCACCGAGUGAGAUUGGCUGACGAGGCGCCGCUUUAUUCAUUAUAACCACGAUUGCAUGGAGUUCGAGUUUGAUCACUUUGCUGCUGAGUGUUGAUGAAGAGUUGAUAAACGAAAACAAAAGGCGCCCGACGACGUAUUCCUGUAUCUAUUUUUCUCUACGCGAAACUAUGAUGGAAAGGGUAAAAAGGUAUAAGAAAGUUUAGACUUUGAAAGUCGAUAACGAUUUUAGGCUCGCGUGAUAUAGAUCGUUUGUGUUGGACCAGAAAGUAAAAAAUGUACAGAAUAUUUUGCGAUUGAUGUUGCAUCAUAAUGUUCAUGAAAUAAGAAAAAAUGAAGCUUGUUGCACAAGUUUACGAACUAGCUUACAAAUUCGUUAAGAAAUCACGUAUUUUAUUGCGAUAUAAAUAUAUUGUUAUGAGCAUAUUAUGCGAUCAAAUAUAUUUAUAAAAAUAUAUGAGUUGACUUUUUUCAUGAGUAUAAUGUUAUUUGUUAAAAUUAUUAUUAGAUACAAUUAUUAUUGAUAAAAUAAUUAAUCAUAUACACCUAUCAAUGGUGAUGAGUAAGAGUUCAUUGUAUUUCAAUUGAUUAUUUGUUACAUACUCACUACUGAACCAAAGUAAUUAUUUAUGUAUGCAUCUAGUUUAUAAAUUUUAA